AGUGCGAAUGAGUUGUUGCUGCGUUUGCGUGCGCGGUAAAGCAACGUGUAAUUCCGCAGAAACUCGACGUCGGAGCAAAAUUGCGUUCGUCUAUUUUUACAAAACACGCGAAGCCAUUUCUCUCACUUAGCGUGCCAAGUUUAUAUUAAUAAAAUACUUACGUUAAACUUUCAAAAGUGCUAAAUAAUUUAAACGAAAGUAAGAUGGAAUGGGAGAAAGUGCAUCACUUAUAACAACAUUAUCGUGCAUGCACGCGAUUCAAAUAAUUUCUUGAAGACGAUUCAUUACGACGUAAAGACAAAGAAGAAUCUUUCAGAGGAUUAACUUUAGAUAAACGAUUAGUUAAUUAAAUGCCGGGAGAUCAUUUUCAAGUGCGCAUCUUUCAAAAAAUCUGCAAAGUGCAAAUAAAGAAUAGUGCGCUUUAUUAAUCAACAGAACUGUGUCUAAACUGUAAUUCUUCGAAUAUCCCAAAAGUUAGAAUAUCCGAACGUCAAAUAUAACAAUUAUCCAAGUACGAAAAUUCUCACAUCUUUUACACGGAACGUUUGAGUUAGUGCAUUGCAGUGUUUGUUGUUCAAUACACUUCCGAAAUGUCUUCGGGCAUCUUCCUCUAGUUGUUUGAGUUAGUUGAGUCUCCAUUAGACCGAUGCAGCCACCCUUUUCGCGCAAGGCAGAAAUUGACUCGUACACAUUCCCCACGUCCGUCGCGUGAACGAUAAAUAUAAAGCGAUCAAUCGCAUGAGACCGAGAAUCGGGCGAACAGGGAACCGCGAAAAAAAAAGUGAGAGAACCUGAGAUCAUCCUUCCCACUUUGGAUGCCCCCACGGAACAUGCAUCUUACCUUUUAAGAUGAUCGUGCGAUUCCACUGGAGAACGGUGGCACGUGUUCGACCGUCGACAUCGUAUCUCCGAUGAACCGGAAGCAUCGCCGGAAAACGAGGUGCGGCCGACGCCGAUGCCGAGAACGAUGAAGACAUCGACAAUCAGCAGCAGCAGCAGCAGCAACUCGUCAAGCAUCGCCAGUUUCUCCCUUGUCUUCCCGGUCCCCUGCGAGAACCUCACCGAUUUCAUCGGCCCCGAUGUGCUCGCCGAACGAUCGACCGGGUACCUAUGGGACAGCAAGAACGUUACGUGUCUGGAACACGCGCCCAAGCUGACCAGGGCGAUAUACCUCAAAGUCAUUGUGUUGACAGUUAUGUCGGUUCUAAGCCUGGUCGGCAACGUGGCGACGAUAUACUCAAUCACGAAGAAUCGCCGGUGGCAGCGUGGCUGCUCGGCGAUCUACACCCUGAUCCUUCAUCUGUCGGUGGCCGAUCUGCUGGUCACCAUCUUCUGCCUCGCCGGCGAGGCGAUCUGGAGCUACUACGUCGAGUGGCUGUGGGGCAAUGUCGCGUGCAAGAUCUUCAAGUUCCUACAAAUGUUCAGCCUGUACCUUAGUACUUUCGUCCUCGUGCUGAUCGGCGUCGAUCGAUUUGUCGCUGUGCGAUAUCCCAUGAAGGGUCUGAACACGUCUCAGAGGUGCUCGCGAUUCGUCCUUUUCACUUGGCUGCUGUCUCUUGUGCUCGCCACUCCGCAGAUCGCGGUAUUUCAUGUUGCGCAAGGACCAUUCGUCGAAGUAUUUACGCAAUGCGUGACACACGGCGUUUACACCGAACCCUGGCAGGAACAGUUAUACGCAAGUUUCAGCCUGUUCUUUAUGUUCCUCCUGCCAUUAGCAAUUUUAAUCACCACAUACGUAUCCACGGUAGUCACUAUUUCCCGAAGUCAGAGAACUUUCAAAAUGGAACCAACGAGAACGUACAGAGACAGCGACUUAAAUAGGAGAAGACUGAUCCACCGGGCAAAAGCGAAGUCACUACGCCUCAGCGUCGUUAUCGUAGUGGCAUUUCUAAUUUGGUGGACGCCGUACUACACGAUGAUGAUAAUUCUCCUGUUUGUCAAUCCGGACGAUCACCUCAGCGAGGAGCUACGGAACGGAAUAUUUUUCUUCGGUAUGAGCAACAGCUUGGUAAAUCCCCUGAUAUAUGGAGCGUUUCAUCUUUGGCCGCAGAGACAACGGCAGGGCUCUUAUCAUAGUUGCAGGUCUGAUGCUUCGUCGGUUCAACGAAACAACAUGAAGAGACGCGAAACGAAAAUGUCACUCCUCUCUCAUCAGGAUAGUGGCAGUAAAAUGAUCGCGCCUACGCAUCAGCAGCAUCAGAUGUAAUAAUUUUUUAUCAAAUUAGAUUAUAUCUCAUGUAAAAGCGACGUAUAUACCUCGUCGUGUAACGAGAAGUAAUAGCGUAAUAUAAAAAGAUAAAAUACAUUACACGAAAGAUAAAAAAUAAGAAAGAAAGCAUUACUGCAUUCGUCAUGUCAAGUAUCGUUCUUAAUUGAGGAUUUUUACAAGCGAAAAUUAACAUUAAUUUUCUAUUUAUAUAAAAAAAAUGUUAAAUAUCAAAUAAGUAAGCUUACU